AUGGUGGUCGAAGAUACUGGGGAGUUGAGAUACUUUGGGCCUUCUGCCAGCCUAGCUAUCCUCUCACCCGGUGGCUUAGAAUGGCUAGAGCUGCACACCAACGACUCGACUCUGCGGCAAAGACUUCUAUCACCAUUGACGGCUCGUGGGAACAGCUGGGCCAAAUGGGCUCAUCCCCACGCAUCUACACAAUCCCCAGCAAGCCUCAACUGCUCAAGUUGCUCGACGGCCGCCUCAGCAACGCAGUCGCUACCAUGGGAGGAGGCGUCAUCAUUAGUCGACGAGUUUCUGGAAAAUUUCAACAUUGCUUUACCCAUCUUUCAUCCUCCCACGCUCACUAGCCUUCUAGAGAAACACUACGCAACCAAUCUACAUACAGACAAGGCCAGCACAGAACCAGCUUGGCCGGUGGCAUUGUUCUCCAUUCUCGCCAUGGCACAGAGAAAACGCGCUGAGGAGAGCUCGAACCCACAGGAAGCUUUAGAGAAAGCAUGGAACUUUGCAGACAGGGCCGUGGAAGGCGCCACGUCCGUCCUCACGAGCAGCGUGAGCAUGUUGUCAGUUCAGGGUAUUUUGACUCUGGCAUGGUUCUUUUACGGGACACCAAAUCCGCAGCCGUUCUUCUCCUUCUCCGCCGCUGCCGUGCGCCUCGUCCACGCGGCCGGGAUGCACCGGACGACAGGCCACUCACUACUGUCACCCACCGACAAAGUCCAACGGAACCGACUAUUUUGGAUCGCCCUCAUAUUCGACUCGACGGCGGCUGCGCGCACCGGCCGUCCAUGUACGCAGGACAUCAACGACAUUGGCGUGCCGUUGCCGGCCCUCUCACCAAGGGACAACCUGGGCAUCCUGCUGGGUCUAUCCGGCGACAGGGCGCUCAACAUUCUCGUGGCAAAAUCCAGACUAGCCAUGAUACAAUGUAAAGCCUACACUAGACUAUUCACGACGUCAGCGUCCGCCAAGUCCAUCGAGGAUAUCGAAUUCGGGAUCGGAGAGCUCGGCACAGAGCUAGAUGAGUUGAGCCUCGUCAUACCAAGCAGCAUGCUGGGCCGGGACACGCCCAGCCAUACCCUGGAUUGGCAUCCCGGCCACUAUUCACACAUUAUCGGCCUGGCGAUGGCCCUUCAUGGCUGCAUCAUCACGGUGCACAGUGCCACCUGGUACCGCGAUUCGAAAAGCUCCCCCAACCGUGACGCAAGGCGUGGCGAGACCAGGAUGAGGUUCCGGCAUUUGGAGCGGUGUCUGCAUUCGAGCGUUGAAAUAGAGAGGCUGGCUUGUCUGAUUCCCCGCCAUCGUAACAACCUUAUGUGGGAGGCGGUAUCUCAUGCGCACAAGGCCCUCAUGCCGCUGGUCAUUGCUGUUCUUUCGGACCCGUCGAGCGAGGAUGCCGAAGGCCAGCUACGGUGUAUGGAGAGACUGGUUCUGUUCACGUCGGAGCUCAUGGCAAGUCAGCAGGACACGUAUUUGAAACCAUUGGUGCAAGUCUCUCAGGAGCUGGCCCGGGCUGCGCGCGAAGCAAGAUGUAAAGCAGGCCGUGUAGCUGAGGGCGAUGCCGGUGGCGCAAAUAGUGGUGCAUCCAACGAGAACAGUGUGUUCGUGCAACCUUCAUUCACGGCUUAUUUGCGGGCUUCGCACACGGGUUCGGCUCAUGCUGAUGGAAGCGUGUUGGAGACGUCUCAGGCUGAGACGAAUAAUGAUCUUGGGAUGGGAGCAUGCCAAACCGACGACCUUAUUAGCAGCUUGUUGUGGGAUUGGCAAGGGCCAUCGGGAUAUUUCUUGGGAGGCUUGGAUACUGAUGAGGGGUGA